GUUUGCUGCAUUCUCGACAUGUGAGACCGCAUUCUCGGUGUAGUUCUGAUAAGUGAUGCUCCGAGUGUUAAGUUGAUGACAAAACACUGCUGGCAACACUGAGCAUCACGACAAAUAAACCAGCUCACAUCCAAAGUGAAGUUUGAUCUCGUGUCCUCUUUCCUGUAUCCUGACCGAUACACCAUCCUGUUGGCUACAAAUACCUGAGAACCUAUCCUAAUUAACAACAACAUUUUGUCUGAGAACUCAGAGUCAGAGAAUGAAGGUCACAGUCAGCCCUGUGAAUUCAGAUAUAAACGUCGUUUUGACAUCCAGAAGCUGCAUGAAAAUUCAACAAUGGAUCACGGUUUCACUCUGAGGACUCUUCUGCUCUUCGGGUUUAUGCUCAGUACCUUCUCACACGUACGGGAGUUUCACUACAUCAACAUGAGUAAGACCUGGGAUGAAGCACGACAAUACUGCCGAGAGAAAUACACCGACCUCGCCAAGAUUGAAAGCAACGAGGACAUCAGCAGACUGAGCGCUCCUUUUUCCUACAGCUGGGUGUGGUUUGGACUCAGGGACGACCCAAAAUCAUGGAAAGACACAAUGGGUUCUGACGCAAACUCCUGGAGAUGGUCAACAACUGGAGAAACCGGACAGACAACUUACCACACGUGGAGUUUGGGUGAACCAAACUACGGAGGCGCAAACGAAACGUGUGUAGUGAUGACCAGUACAGGACAGUGGGCUGACCGGACAUGCAGCCUGCAGAAAAGCUUCAUCUGCUUCACCAAGAGAAGCAGGAAGGAAUACGUUUACAUUACAGCCCAGGAAACGUGGAGCUCUGCUCUGACGUACUGCAGAACGCACCACACCGACCUGGCGAUGAUCGAGAACGAGGCCGAAAACACCGAAGCCCGAAAUGCAAACCCAACAACCAGCGAGGUUUGGAUCGGUCUGUACCGAGUGCCCUGGAUUUGGGCCGACGGGAGCCAAACUCUCUUCCGACCGUGGCACUUCUCCCUGAAUAAUGAUGCCGGUAAACAGCACUGUGGAACUGAAAACAACGUCCACCAGUGGGCUGACGAAGACUGCAGUGUCAGGAGACCCUUCAUCUGCCAUCGAGUUUUGAAGAAGUUGACGACUGUGAGGAUAAAGUUUGUGACUGACAUUGACUGGUCUGAUCCAGCUGUCAACUCCCAGAUCUUGCAGCAGCUUGGUGCCUUGCUAACCCAUCGGGGAUGGACCGACUUCAGAGUGCGAUGGAAGAAUCUGCCAAGCAAAACCCACAAAGAGAAAUGUGCAAAAUCUGAGUGUAAAUCACAAGUUUAAUACUGAAUGUUUUAAUUUCAUACACCGGCAUAUUUAGGCCUUAGAAAAAAAGG